UUCCUCAACAUUCAUCGCAUUCGGUCUCAUCAAUUAAAGCCUUAUUUCCCGAUCGGCACUCAGCGGUCUCUUCCCUCUCAUUGUAGCAUGCUACCGUCUGCCGCAUUCUAGUAUACGGCAGGCUGCACAUAUCAGCUUCUACUCAACUCUCCUAUUUACCCUCAGCAAAUGCAGCAGCCAUUGCUGAAAGAUGGCCAGUUUGGCUGCGGCCUGAGGAGAAUCUGCGCCGGCACAAUGCUUGAUCGUCCAUCUCGUCUUAUAUCCGUUCUCUUCUUCCGCUGAUGACUUAAGCCUUGAACUAUGCUGAUGCAACCGCACACUUUGCCGCAUCACAGCCACCAUUCGGAAACUGGACUUCUCCUCACUCAUUCGAUGCUUCUGGUCUUUUGCAUCCGGUCGGAGUUGUCUCGGUUUGUUCACCAUCAACGUCAUGCAGCCCAUUUACAAACAACAAAGGCGUCCAGAAGGCGUAGAAAGAAACGUUUACCAAGUGCUGGCAGCCUUCGGAUCCCAAGAUCAGCUGGUUCCACACUUCAUUCCAUAUUUCGCGUGCAUCGAUUCAACACACAAUCAUAGUGCUGGGAAAAUACACACAUGACCUGAUCAACCGCCUGUGUGUACACCUUUAUCAGCUGUAUGUAAACAUACUCGUCGUGUGCUCUCUCCCAAAUCUUUCCCAGUCUGGACACAUUGGACCCCAAUCUGCUUCACACAAGACAUUCAAUACGUACCUGUUUGGCUUCGUACCGACAGUACAAAUUGUGCCUUUUCAAGAGCCAGACCUUACUCUGCGCCCUCAUCUCGACCACAUCCCCAGACCCUCGGCAUUCCAUCUUUCAUACGUAAUCGAAUAAUGCCGAGUGAUUAAUCGCUGAUCGCCUUUCGUAAAUUACUUUUAAGACAAGUCAGUCUACACAAACAAAAACAUACACCGGAAAGAGGUCAGCUUCUAGCUCUUUUCUUUUCCCUUCUCCCGAAGAGGAAAGGCUAGGCAGAGAGGCUCCAAGAACCUUCAAUCUGCCUCUCGUCUGAUUGAUUGUUGAUGGGCAAAAGACCAUGAAAUCACGAAGGGAUCAUCAUCCUUCAAGGCAUCCUUCCAUCUCUCUAAGCAAGCUUUGAUUGCGAUCUGAGAAAGAUAUUUAAGGGGCUUGACCUCUCUAUAUCCUUUUUCAUUGUCUUUCUACAGCAUUCUCAUUCAUAAGGCUUCCGAUUUCGGUCAAAAUCAGUAAUAAACAAGCGAGAAGACCGUUACAAGUUCAGUUGACAAAACCAUAAUGGCAUUCGCUCAUCCUGAGUACCUCGUCCCAUCUGUCAUCGCUUUAGUCCUGGCUCUUUACCCGUUACCAUGGCAUCUGCGUACAGGUAACAUUGCCACGUUGUCUAUGAUCUUCUGGAUGACCUUACUGAACAUCGUGCACAUUGUCAACUGUAUUGUAUGGGUUGAUAACUCAGCACCGAGAGCGAAGUGGUGGGGCGAUAUUAGUGCUCUAAUCAUAGUCGCGUACAAUUAUGCUCUUCCAACUGCCCACCUGGUCCUCGCUAAACAGCUUGAAUCCUUUACGUCUUUGCGACCCCAUUCCCCGCUGUAUGAUUCUUCCUCUCGUAAGCGCCACCGCAUUUUCGAUAUCUCAGUCACCAUCGGCGCCCCCGUAAUUGGAUAUCUGGUUCACUUGAGCAAUAUGGACCGAAGAUUCUAUAUUGUAGAGCGAUUGGGGCCUCAAGCUGCAACCUAUUGGAACGCUUGGGGCGUUAUCUGGAUGGCUAUUGUCCCCAUUUUGAUUGCCGUUACUGUGGUUGUAUACACCAUCAUGGCUCUCGUUAACAUCUACCUCCGUAGACAACAGAUGCUUUCGCUUAUUGCCUCUGAUGCUUCCGUCAAUCGAGACCAGUUUUACCGUCUCAUGUUCCUCACCGUGUCUGAAGUGGGCACUUGCGGCCUUCGGGCCAUUUUCAACCUCAUGUCUUUCCAAAACGGACCUCAACCCAUGGGCCAUAGGGGUGCCCCUUUUCACAACUUGAGCAAAAUAGAGAGUAUCGAAUGGUCUUCCACGACGACGAGCGGGAGGUUGACUUUGCAUCUUUCUUUUUUCACCGUGGUUGCCUGCAGCUAUGUUUUUUUCAUGUGCUUCGCCACAAGCACCGAGACCAAACGCUUCUAUUCCAAUAUUGUUCGCAAAAUUUUCCCCUGCAUACCCGAAUCCCGCACUUCCCGUAUUCACAAGCUGGGUUCCGUCGACACUGGCCUGUCUCGCUCCAACGCCACUGGUACCUAUUCCUCUGCUACAACCGGUCCUAUCUCUCCCACUACCCCCAAAGACAUGGAUAUUUCUUUGGAAGAGAUGCUCCAUGCACCCGCCUUGGGGAAAAAUAGUCAUUGGGCCAUCAACAGGGGUUUGGACAGGGUUGAGAUCACGCCUAGCGUGACAACGCAAGAGAGCAAGUACGAUGAGGAAACCGCAGACGCGUUGUAUUUACCAUCCAUGAUGAAUGAAGAGAAGACUAGCUCUUCAAUAGUUUAAAAUUUUCCUUUGCCGGGACUGACCUUGUCAAUCUUUGGAAUGUCUGUCAUCCAUCUCGAGUGACAAUGAUGCAUGUUUACACGUUUUCCC